AUGACUGUAAUUCCCAAGCGGCAGCUCCGCUAUGAAGCCCGCCGCUUGCGCAAUGCUACAAACUCAACUUCUAGGUACCCGUUCCAGGCCUUGGCCUCCUCUCUAGAGAUAUGUCGUAUUCGUGGAGUAUCUGGUCCCAGCGACAACGCAUGCGCAAUGCUGCAGGACGCGAGAUAG